AACAAAACAGAAAACCUUUUCGAAAAGUCAUGAUAUCCCAACGACUUUCUGAGGACGUUGAAAACGAACAGCCAAAUCCCCGGAAAAGGAAGUCAAGCGAGAUGGCCGAUGGAGAUAGGGCACCGUCCCAGCAAUGCCACAGCCGACCGGACAGCAACUUUGAUCCGAACGGUCCGUCACCGCCUUGGAGCCCUGAACCUUCGUAUCAAUUCCAAAUCAUCAAUGCCGAAAAUGAGGAAAUCUUCGAGGACCCGGGACAGCACCUCGCCUUUGCUGGAACUAAUGAAGCGAUCACCAAUGCCGGAAAUCAAGAAAUCGUCGAGAGCCAGGGACAGCACCUUGCCUGUGCUGAAAGUGAGGAAACGAUCCGUUAUGGAAGGGAGCAAGACGUUGAUGCACAAAAUGAGCAAGACCAGAAUGCUGAAAAUGCAAAAGCUCUUGAAGCCGAAAACGCCCAAAUUGGCGCUGCUGAAAAUCAGCCGUCGCAGCCGAUUUCGGAAGGAUGUGUUGCCUCCAGCUCCGGAUUUGUGCCCCAAGGCCUUUGGGACAAGGGACGAUCCAGACAUAAACUUGAGGCAUUUUCUGGGAUCGAAAGACUUCUGAACCAUAUGGAAAAGGAUGAAACGGACAAAGCCAAACGCGAAGAUGCUGAAGCGGAAGACGAUGAGCCCGAAACUGAAGAGGACGAUACCGAAUCCGGUGACGAGGCGUCGGAUUUUUGGAAAACUCCGGGCGAUGAGGACCACAACGACCUGUUGCUCAGUCCAUAUGAAAACCAGAUAAUCGAUAGUGACGGCCAAGCCCAGGUGGACCGAUUGCCUGAUGCACAGCUUCGCCGGCACACGCGAGACGACGACCACAGAUUGGCCACAGAAGAAAAUCUGCACCGACUACUAGAGAAGUGUGUCUAUGAAGAUUUAUCGGAUCCUCAGAAAGCAGCCACCGUGCGCUGCAUCCGAGGUGGAGGUAAGUUUUUACUGUUUGACGAGGGUGGACUCGGCAAAUCUAUGGUAGCGCUAGCGACGAUGAGCUUCUUCAGCGAAGACAGUCGAUUACUGAUUGUGACCACACCACAGUCUAUAGAAAAGUGGGAAAAUUUGGUCAGCAACUACCUUCGGGAUGCCAAACGCGUCACGGUGCUGGACAAAGACCAACGGCUUCGACGUGAUCGAAAAAUUGACCUCGUGUAUAUUUGCUCCUACAACAUUCUAAACGCCCGAAUCGGCGAUUUCGAACGCUUCGAGCCCCAAGCCAUCAUUUUUGAUGAAAGCCACCAUGUGAAGAACUGGAGGAGCAGCCGGACCAAAAAUUCGCGAAAUUUGGCGACACAAGCCAAACGGGCGAUCUGCAUCGCAUCGUUCCCCCUACACCGCUCCCCGAAUGACCUAAUCAGCCAGAUUCGCAUGAUUCUGCCCGAUCUUUGGAUCGAGUUCGAGGUGGAUGAAUACGGAAGAAGAUGGAUGUGCCCAGAGCAAACGAAGCGCUUUCUCGACGCGAUCAGCUCGAGACAAACAAAAGAAGAGUGGCUACCCAGCAUUCCACCAAAACAUCGUACCCUGCACCACAUCAAAAUACCGCAAAGCCGCCAACUGCAAAGAGCUGGUCGCAGAGCUGAAGCCAUCUGGAGAGCCUAUCUGGAAAGCGAAGAUGAUAAGAGGAUGCUUACCGACUCUAGGACGGCGUUGGGUAAGUAUUACCGCCUGUGCGUCAAGGCGAAGGCGCAACACGUGGCGCCGUACGUUCGAGAGCUUUUCUUUUCACCCAACCAGAACCAACCAAAGACUCUGAUCUUCGGUUAUCAUAAAAUUAUCCGAGAGGCUAUCAAAAAGCAGUUGGAAAAAGUGGGCAUUCGGUUUGUGGAGCUCGAUAUUCCAGCCGGAACUGAACCCUUCGAAGAACGGAUUCAGCAAUUCAAAGAUGAUUCCGAGAUAAACGUGGCGGUUCUCUCCCUCCGUGCCUCCAGUCUCGGUCUCGAUCUGCCGGAAGCGAAACGCAUCAUCUUCCCCGAGCUCUACUACACCGUCGCUCUUCAUCUCCAGGCCGAAGAUCGGGCCCAUCGUUUUGGCCAAGGCGACCAAGUAAAGAUUCACUACCUUGCCGACACCACCAUGAUCGACGAAAUGAUUUUGUCGAUUUGGGAGAGUAGGGCGAAAUGCAUGGAGGAGCGUGAACUGACGGGUGUUAUGAAGCCUUUCGAUGAUGAAAUUAUCGAGCAGCCCUUGCGCUCGCGCGAUUUCCCCGAUGGAUAUGACGCUGACGGCGACUCGGAUCCCGAUGCUAGCGGGGGUGAGGAUAACGGUGACGAAGACGAUGAUGACGAUGAUAUUGAUGGAAAUAUGGAGAUUAGCCCCGACGAAGCGGAUGAUUUGGCUUCUGACGAAUCAGAUGCCGGAAGUGGACAGCCGGGUGGAGCCGAAGCGACGGACGAUGAUGAGUCCGAACCUGCGCCCCGGGAAUCACCCGCACUAACGGAGAGUAUCGGCUCCCAAGAUACCGAGAACGACGAGGAGGAGGAAAGCGAUCGUUAUGAGUCAGAUGAUUCAGAUGCCUCUGGACACUACCCAUAUGUGGACAAAGAUUAUGUCCCACCAUCUGAAAAGGGGAACCAGGAAAAAGCACCAGGCAACGAGCGGGCACCAAGGCAGAGCUCCCGCCUGCAGAAAAGCUCAAAGAAAGCUAGCCGAAAGACGCGCAAGGCUAAAUUCGACGAUGAUUCCGAGGAUGAUAGCGAAAACCGAGACCCGGCUAUGCAACAGAAGGACAGUGAGAUUGAAAGUGAGGACGACUCAAAUCAGCCCUCGACCAGUCGCAAGCACCGCAGGGUGGUUCACUCAUCGGAUGAAUCUGAA